GUCAACGCUCCCGAGUUUUCUGAACUUUCGACAGAAUUAUGUCACGUGGUUGCGUUGCUAUGCAACGAGUUGGUUCAACAAGCUAAUUUGUAAACAGUCGCAGAAAUGUCGUCCAAUUACUCAGCAAACCAGUACGACGAUGCCUUCAGGCCUCAGAGGCUGCAGAACUGGUGCCAGGCGAAGCAAUCUAACAAGGCAUCCAAAGCACGGAGGGGCCACACCAUGUUUAUUGCAGAUAACAGAGGUCAUCUACUCCCUGGAAUGGCAAAGAGAGGCAGUGCUUGGCCUGACUUUAAAGGGACAUGGGAUCUACCUGCUCGUAUACCAGUGCAAAGAGUCAACCCAACUAGCCGCUCUGUGGAGGGUCUUGAAAGGCUCAAGGCCUGGGGCUUGGACCCUCAACCCAGAGGCAAAUCUAUGCCACGAAGAGGGAGCAAAAACACAGAUGCUGCACAGGAUACUAGCAAGCAGACUGGGGGUGUAGAACAGGAUGGUGCGGUCUCACCCUCCUUGGCCCCAUUGGCAGCUGAAGCCCAGCAAGCGUCACAGAGUCGUCCCAUUUCUGCACACCAAAGAACUGCCAACCAGGGACAGGACACGGAAGCAGAUGAAGUAUCAUCUGUCACUCUGCCUGCCACGGACAGGCACAAUGCUAGCAAGACUGUGACAAGCUGGCCGCUGAGCCAAAGGGCAAUGUCAGCUUUGCUGCCCAUGACACGACAAAGCCACCAAGCAAGGCCUAAUACUGGACCGAUGUCAGCCCCACUCUAAUGAAAAUAGUAAAUACAUAUUAGCCCCUUUUCUAAAUUGGGACGAUUGUACUGAUGCACCAGAUCAAACUACUGUAAAAAUAGAAGUUUCUAAGAACUGUCAUUUAAAUGUGAUACCUCUCUGGUCUCACAGCUGAACAGCUGUCCAUUUAGAAUGCCCUUGAGAAUUCUGGAGUCAAAUGUUUCAAAGUGUUGUUGUAACAGGAGAGCUUGUUUUGCAAUUUUUGUAGCAACUCCUAUUUCAGUAUUUCCAAAACUUGAACUGAAGAAAAGUAAAGAAAUGCACGUUUUCCUGUCACACCCAGCAGAAAUUAGACAAGCAGGACUAUGUGGCUGGCAUAGUAUUGGUCAGGUUCAAGAAAGCUCAUUCUGCAGAGCUCUCAGUGUUGACAUACUUGCAUGUUGGAGCACACAAUGGAAAUCCAUUUUAAGAAUUUUGAGGAAAAACAGAACAAUCCCCUGAACACAGAUUGGCUCUCAACCUAUGACUUGUGACUCAACUCAAAAAAACCUCAUGAAACACAUGAGUCACCACAUCCUCACCACCUCCAAAU